AAGCCAAGUUCAAGGCUAACCAGACGUUACUCCUCCCUCCAAUGUCCUCCUUCUCUCCCCACCUCACGUCUCGACGAUUGCUUUUAUCUACUUUUAUUUUCCCUCCCUUCUAAAAAACGCAUGAGGUUUCCGACGCAAAAACAAAAUCGAGAGACAGCUUCACUUACGCAACCCUUUCCACUCCCGUUACUUUCACUCCAAUCCGGAUUUUAUUCGUGAAUCGAGGAAAAUAUUGGAGAGUUUCUAUCGGGAGAGGAUCGUUAACAGCAGGAAGAACGACGAGGAGGAGCUUGAUUAGAAAUUAUUCCAAAGAUACCGACGAGAAACAGAGUCUGGGGAACGACUGGAGGCACUCGUUCACGAAAAACAAUAAUAUUCAACAAAUAUUAUUGAACAAUAAUUUUUUCCUUCACUUUGUGUUUAUCUCUUGCAAUUGGGGACCUUCAGCAAUUUCAUGUGAAUCAGGUCUCCUCGUAAUUGCAUCAAGUUCAAGGCUGACGUGAUGCAAAUCUUGUUUUCAUUCGGUCUGUAUGAUGUCUGGAAAUGCAUCAGAGAAUAUGAUAACGAAUAAUAGAGUUUUACCUGGCAUAAAGCAGGAAGUGGAUAAUCCAACGACACCAAGCCAGAGCUAUCACCAGGUUUGUUCACCCAGUACCACAAUUCAACCAAUUGCGGAGGUGACCAUUAAGAUGGAUAUGGGGGACUACAGUGGAGGAAGAGCGAGUCCUGGAAGUCCAGAAAUGCAACACUGCUCUUCAACUACCCAACCAUUAGGAACGCCAGAGGGAGUCAUUAAGGAAGAGGAUAUAGUGCCCAGGAGAGUGUGUCUAGUCUGUGGAGAUGUGGCCAGUGGCUUUCAUUAUGGAGUUGCCUCUUGUGAGGCAUGCAAAGCAUUUUUUAAAAGAACAAUACAAGCAAGUAAUUUUACAGGGAACAUUGAGUAUACGUGUCCUGCGAAUGGAGAGUGUGAGAUAAACAAGAGGAGAAGAAAAGCUUGUCAGGCCUGUAGAUUCCAGAAAUGCCUGAGACAAGGAAUGCUGAAGGAAGGUGUUCGACUGGAUCGAGUUAGAGGGGGAAGACAGAAGUACAGAAGAGCCACGGAUCCAUAUCUUCCAGUAAAAACAGUUGCAUUGGAAGCCAACGUAGGAUUGUCAGGCACUGGAGAGAUUACAAAUAAUAAAAUGAUUGAAGCCUUGAUCGCGUGUGAACCGGACACCCUUCAAGUAUUCAACCUUACUCAUACGUUAGACACGGAUCAACGGGUAUUGGGACAGUUAUCCGAUCUGUAUGAUCGUGAGCUCGUUGGAAUAAUUGGAUGGGCGAAACAAAUACCAGGGUUCAGCGGUCUCGCCCUGAACGACCAAAUGCGACUGCUCCAGAGCACAUGGGCAGAAAUUUUAACAUUUAGUCUUGCGUGGAGAAGUAUUCCCAAUGCGGGAAGACUUAGAUUCGCCCAGGAUUUUACGUUGGAUGAGAGACUUGCGAGAGAGUGUCAUUGUACUGAACUUUUUACUCAUUGCAUCCAAAUAGUAGAACGAGUCCAGAAACUCAAUCUCUCCCGAGAAGAAUUCUAUAUUCUAAAGGCUUUAAUCCUCACAAAUAGUGACAUACGACUAGACGAGCCACAAUCUCUCUAUCGUUUUCGUGAUUCCAUUCUCAACUCUUUAUCAGACUGUGUGACAGCAGUGAAACCUGGCCAGACGCUGCGUGCAAUUCAGAAUAUGUUCCUUGUACUGCCAAGUCUUCGUCAGGCAGAUGGUAUUGUUCGUAGAUUCUGGUCUAGUGUUUACAGAACCGGUAAAGUGCCCAUGAAUAAGUUAUUCGUCGAGAUGUUGGAGGCUGCGAGUUAUCGAUGAGACAACCCCAGCUGGAUUGGCCUCGAUACACAAGUGCUCGAGAUCAUCGGUGAUGUGUGAUUGAAGUGAGAGUUAGAAUAUGGUGCUGAAGAAAUUAUUUUCGAAUAAAUGAAAAAUUCAAUAAUUACUGAUGAUGAUGAUCGGGAUGAGUUAGAUUUUAUGGGGAAAUGAAGAAUUGAUGCUUUUACUCUAUCGUUCGUUAUUUUGAAGGGGCAGUGACAUUUGUUUUUCUGGAAAUUAAAGGGAUCUCGAUACCAAAGGUAACAUUUAUUUCUUCAAUCAAGAUUUUUUUAACAUCAAAUUCUGGCAGCGGAUCUAUAAGUAGAUCAAAAUAAUUUUUUUUUUCGUUAUUUUUUAUUAGUUUUGAUUUGCCUCAGUUGUUAUAUAGCCAUGAGAGUAUCUUUGGGAGGGAAUUUAGAAUAAAAUGAUGAGACAUUUAUGUUUGAUAUUCAACGCAAAAAUCAUUUCACUAUUUUUAUAUUUUAUUCUGUCAAAUAUUUCAAUUAAAUCCGGUAGAUGAUCUUCUUUCCCGAAGAAAAUUCUACUACUUGAGGAUCUCCUUAAAGUCCUGCCGUACCCCAUUUACAGGUACAAUCCACAUUUAUUAUGAUAUGGAUUAAACAUAAUUACAUAAAUGAAUGAAGAGUUGAAGCACCAGGGCUUGUGGGCAAUGUACAAAACAUAAAAAGAAAGGAUGAGAACAAGUGAUACCAGAGAUUAACUCAGAGCGAUAAAUUCAGACAGAAGAUUAUUCUCCAAAUGGUUACCGCUAAGUAAUGUUUAGUUAUUAAUAAAACUACGAAAGAUAAGUGAAGAACGUAAUACGCUUUUAGAGCUCUAUUUUGGAAUCAGUGCAGGAGUAGCAGGAAAUGCUUCUGAAAAUAUUUUGGACGCUGGUAGGUUUCUGGAAAACUAUCAACAGCCAUUUUUUGUCCUGAAUUGAAAAAAAAACCGAAUUACAGAAAACGGCUUCUGACAUUUUUCUAUGCACUUAUCAGAUGCCGAUGUGUUUGUAACAUUAUCUAUAGAAAUUUAUGGGACGUCUCCCUCUCAUUAUUUUCGAGCUCUACUCCAAAAUCAGCUAAUUGAAUGCAAGAGCAUACUUGUAACACCGCCACAGGAUUCUUCUGAUCCUUAUGGCUAAUGAAUCAUUUUGACGUAAGAAUGCUGCGUCGGUUUUGAAGUAUGUUAACGUCAGAGACGUGAUAUUCCCUAUCCAGAGGGAUUCUGGUAAUCGAAACUGCUGGAUAAAAAGGUGAAUGAAGAAACGUUGAAAAUCUCGAUUAUUCGUUACUGUGCCAUGUGGGACAUUGAAGAGUUUAUUCAGGGAUCUUUAUUAUGUGAUUAUUAUUGUUGCCCGAAGUGAAACAUGGGCAACAAGUGAAUCGUGUGUGGUCAGUUCUGCAGGUGGAUUUGUAGGUUUUUAAAUUGUUAUUGUGAAAUAAAAUAUGAAAAUUGUGCAAUAAUUUUUUUUUGAAGAGAAUGAAAACGUUUGAUGUUUGUUGAAACAUCCUGUAACAAAUAUUAAUUUGGAUAAAUUUGCGAGUCAAAUCCACACAAGAUUAGCCUCAAGCGUUCAUCAACCACUAAUUAAUCAAUCAACCAAGUAUAUAAAGUUACUAAUUAACGAUGUUGCGAAGGGAUAGAAGAUGGAAGACGACUGCACAUAUUUGGGUGAAGCUAUUUCGGAUAUAUUUUCGGAGUGAAUGAAUUUAUAGCGCUAUAAAUAUUGUUUAGAUAGUUAUUUCAUAAUUGUCUUGUAAACUCAAUUUUCCAACUUUCGAAAAUCACAAUCUCUCACUUUAAUAUCUUAAUCGAUAAAUGUUAAAAUUGAUAACAUAUCGAGAUAUGGAGAUACCUUAACAUAAAUGAGUUCUAAUGGAAAUUUUGAUAUAUCUAUUGCCAUAAGAAUUUUUCUUGUAGGAAAUAUGAGGCCACAUUGAAAUAGUCUUUCAAUAUUUUCCGUAGAAUUCCCCAGCUGCCGAAAUAAUCACGAAAUAAGCUCACAAAAUUAUUGAAAUUGUGUCCCUGCUGAGAUAAAUGAACGGAGAAAUGUACAGAAGCUGUUGAGCCACGACGAAUUCUUCAGGACUAAUGUUUAAGAAAUUCCUUUGUAAUUUUACUUUCAGCAUAUUUUUUUCCUUUCACCGUUUGCUCUAAUUGGAGAUGAUGUAUUUGAAAAAAAAAUACCCAGGAAUACGCUCUCCUUAAUUUAUUCAAAAGACAAAAAAUAGGGAGGACUCCUAUGGAACUGUGAUACAUCCGCACUUCGACUUUGUUCAAUAAGCUGUGGCUCUACAUUAUUAACGAUGAAUGAAGAAAUACUGCAGCACGUGGAUCAACGAGGGGUAAAACGUGAUCUUACAAUAAUUAAUAUCACGUGGCUUUAUGGUAAUGCAAAAUAUGAUUCGACAAUUGAUGAUAUUGUUUUGUUGCCUUUUACCCCUUCAAUUGUCUGUCAACUUUCUCUGCACCUCUUUAAUUUCUAGUAAUUAGUUAUUAUCCUAUGAACAUUCAUCACGGUUGUAGAAUUGAAUUUCUCAGGGUCUUAAAAUAAAUGAAAAAUAACGAAUAAAGAGCGAUAAUUUAAAUUGAUAGAAGUUUGGAGGAAAAUGGAUGUGAAUUUAUUGAUGAGCAGUUUGAAAACUUAUUGUUAAAAUUCUGUAAUGGAAAUAUAGAUUAUACCCCCGUGGAGCAUUACUAUACUAUUAGGGGUUACACGUAUAUAGAUAUUUAAAAAACCUGAAGAUUGCAAUUAUGAAAUGAUAAAUGAAGUCAAAUAAUGUUAAGUCUAUUUUAAGAAGAUGAGGAAAAAUCACUCGAAGCGGAGUUUAUUUCAAUACAAUAAAAUAUUUAUUACCAUUUGAA